AUGAAGUACUUGGCUGCUUAUUUGUUAUUGGUCCAAGGUGGUAACGCUGCUCCAGCUGCUGCUGAUAUUAAGAAGGUUGUCGAAUCUGUCGGUGUUGAAGCUGAAGAUGCUCGUAUCCAAGCUCUUUUGACCUCUUUGGAAGGUAAGGGUUCUUUGGAAGAAGUUAUCGCUGAAGGUGAAAAGAAAUUGGCUACCGUUCCAGUUGCUGGUGCCGCUCCUGCUGGUGGUGCUGCCGCUGCUGGUGGUGAAGCUGAAGCCAAGGAAGAAGAGAAGGAAGAGGAGAAGGAAGAGUCUGAUGACGACAUGGGUAUGGGCUUGUUCGACUAA